CUCUCAAUCUGAGUCUCUAGCGGGCGACUAACCUCCACCAGAGUAAACAGAUUGAGGCCUUAACAAACAAAACCUCCACUACCGGAGUGAAUCCGGUACAGAAUAGUGAGUUGGCUCCUCGACUAAAGUCACCAACUCCCUACCUUCAAUCAAGGAUGCUCUAUCAACCUAGGCAGAUAUUCUCAUUCUAGGUUAAAGCGGAAACAACAGGAAUUUGAUCAGGAUUCAUGUCAUUCAAUCAUUCAAACCUCAAUUGAACAUAAUCAAAUUAUAGAAUCAGUACUUGGGUUCAUACAAUCAAACCUAACAUACAAAUCUAGGGUUCUCCAUACCCAGAUGAAUGGGAGAACUACUCCAUAGAGAAAGAAGCAAGAGCAGAAUCAGACGCGGAAUUCAUACUGUGAAGGAUGGAUUCCUGCUCCUGGAUGUUGAUCGGCACUUCUCCAAGCUUAAGCUGGCCUCCAAUGGUGAUGAAGAUCAAGCUAGGGCACUUGGAACUCUUGUUCGUCACUUUCUCACUCUAGGAAUUGAUAUCUCUCUCUCUAAAACUCGAAUCCCCCUUCUCUUCUGGCUGAAAUCUGCUUAAAAGGGCAUCAGUGGGCAAAACACGGUCGAGGGCACGGCCGUGUUCUGCCUCAGCCCGCCCGUGUUUUGCGAAGGUUUAAUUACACGGCCAGACUGCUGGGGAAAACACGGGCGUGCUUUUGUUGGACACGGUCGUGCUUUCCCUCGACCUUGCCCGUGUUUUGAGCUCGUGCUUUUUAAACUCAGAUUAGCUCUCGGCAGUAAAAGCACGGCCUAGGAACACGGCCGUGUUCUGCUUUAGGUGUGCCCGUGUUUUGGCUCCAGCUUCACCGAAUGACUUCUGAAUGCCCCGACACUCGUGCUUAGCCUUUCCUUUGACGCCUGGGACCUGAAAUAUGACAAAAUAGCACAACUCGGCGUAAAUUAGGCCAAAAACACACGACUAUGCCCCUCAAACGGAUAAGAACUAGGGGCGCAAAUAUGUGCAAUUACAUCGUUAUCAAAUCCCCCCACACUUAACCGUUUGCUUGUCCCCAAGCAAACCAAGUCAGACACAAUGUAAGCUCAAAGCAGGGCAUGUCAUAUCGGCACAAAACACGUGGAUCAUACUGGCUUUUCGAUCAUUAACACAUGGACAACCUCAAUGACAACCUAGACAACCACCACAGAUGACAUUCGAAUGCAGUAAAAUCGAGCAAAGGAAGAGUCUCCCUUCUGUUCACCAACCAACAUAGACUUGAUUCAACCACUUGUUCAAAACAGUCACUUCAUGCACAAAGCUCAAGAUAUCAGAAUUAAGACCGAGCAAUCUAGGUUCUCACCGGGAUAAAGAGUAUAGAGAAUAAGAGAAAAUGAAUCGCUCACUCUCGACCAGUGGGGUCAGGACAAUCUGAUGCGAAAAAUGCGCAUGCUUAAUCUCUCAAUCCCUAACAUCUCUUCACCAUGAAUGCAGCCUCUAAGUGCUAGAGUUCACAUAUGGGGUGUCACCACUAACUAAUCUGGAGGUCUUAGACACAGGUCCAGAUGACUGGCUAGGGUCUUGGACAUGGGGAAAAGGCUUUUUAGGUGGUGGAAGUAUUCAUACAGCACAAGGUUCCACAUUUCCAAACCCGAAAGACUCGCAAUCAAUCAACCCAAUAACUUUCUUUCUGCUAUUCUGCAUUACUCAAAUUCAAAGCACAAGAGCGAAGGAGGUUACAUAAAUGCUAGUAUCUCUAAGCCAGACUGCUAAGAAAUACUACUUAAUGGG